UCUCUCUCUCGUCACUCCGGAUAUACUUACAUAUUAUAUACAUAGGCAGCCCCAAAAAAAAUAAAAAGUCACAAUUAAUCGAUUCUCAAUUCUUUUCAUUCUCAUUUUGGAUUCUUUUGGGGUUCAAUCAGUUCUUCUGAAAUCUACAAUUUUAUUACCAAUAAAUUCUCUCACCUCUGUUUUUUUUUGGUUUUGUUUUCUAAUUAUCUUCCUUUUCUUCUCCACCUGUGAAUUACUAAAAGCAACUGAAGCUGCUGAGGCGAUCGACGAAAUGGAGUCGCCGGUCCGGUGAAGAAGCGUCGCCGGAGAUCUAUCUUAAUUUGGAUCUGAUUGGUUUGAAUUAGGCGACUUUAAUAGAAGGGGUGGUGAAAAAGCUGAUUUAGAAAACAUAAAGGAAUUUGGGAUGCCCGGAUGAGCAAAAGAACUGAUGUUAUUGGCAGUGGAAGGAGGAGGGUUCUUCUCUUCUUCAGCUUCUGGGUAUAGCAAGGGACUGACCCUUCUUUUCUUGGGUCAAAAAAACGAAGAGAAGCCCAUGAGAGUGACGCCGUGGAAUCAGUACCAGUUGGUUGACCAAGAUACUGAUUCUGAUCUCCAACUGGCUUCUGGCAAGAAUCGGUUUGUCCGCGGGUGCGCCUCCUUUGUUUGCUUUGGUCGCGCUGCCGCUGGACUUGAGAGCCCAUCCCCUUUAAAAGUGGGCCCAGCACAGCAGCAAGAAGUUUUGCCACAGCCUCCUGUUACUGAGAAGUGUAGGGAUCAGAUUCAGUAUGCUAAUGACCAUAAUUCUGAUCCAAAGGUUGCUCUUAAAAGUAGCUUGAAGAAACCAUCAACUAGUGUUCCUGUUGCUGAGGAUGGUAGUGAUGAGAGUGUGGCCUUGUGUGGAAAGGACACUGAUGCUGUUGUUCAUACUGAAUCGAGGAAAGUUCAGUGGACAGAUACAUCUGGUGGAGAGCUAGUUGAAAUUCGAGAAUUUGAGCUUAGCGACGAUGGUGGAUCUGAUGAUGAGUUUGACAAUGGGAGCGAAAGAAACUGUUCAUGCAUGAUAAUGUAGUUUCGAGCUUCUUCUUCUGAAGCAUUUUGGGCUGAUUUGUGCCAAGAUAUUACAUUAGACGCUGCUUAGUCAUUUGAGCUGCAAUUGUUAAUGGAGUGUUUGAGAAGCAAAUUUUGAGGCGCGCAGUAAAGAGGGUCAGUGCUGAGAUGAUAUUCCAUGCUGGAGUUGGCUUAACUGGUCUGUGGUGUCCAUAUGCAAGCUCUUGUAGUUUCAAUUUUGUCUCCGAGAAUUUCUUCAUUUCCAUGAUAUUCAUGUUAUAUAGGUCAUUGUCCUGUCCAUUGUUUCAUCAUCAUUCAGUUCAUAUCAAUUUUUUUCCUCCUCCAGAUUUUCCUUUAUUUCUCUUUUCCCCUUUCCUUCUGAGAGUAUCUGGGAUUUACAUUUUCCAUUGACGCUUGUAGCCUGUAAAUUUUCAUUAUAACGAUGGGAUAUGAGGCUUGAAUGUAGAUUUUGGAACCAAUCACCAA